UAUUAAAAAAAAAUAUAUAUAACCACGCGUAUAAUCUCUACACAAACAUGGGGAUAAACUGACGAUAAUUAUGAAAUCUUUCACCAAAUCUGCAACAGAUUACAUCUGAUUGAUGAAUGUAUAUGGACAUUUGUGUUCCCAUACAUAAAAGGGGGCUUUUUCACGCCCGCAAUCACAUUGGUGCUUGACAUGUAAAAUAAUUAAGAGGAUACCUUUAUAGCUCCAUAGAGAAAUCGCGGUGAAAAACACACGUGAGGUACACAUAGUUACCGAUGCCUGUAUCAGAAUCAGAAUCGCUUAAAAAUUUUAAUAUGGAAGAAAACAAGAAAUCAGGCCAGCACUUGCGCCGUCCUGUAGCGGUGAUCAAAAAGAGAUCAGGCCCUUUGGAUGAUGCAAUUGACAAGCUUAGUCUAACAGCGGAAAAAGACUUGAUAAAAUCAAAUAAAAUCAAAUCUUCAGAUGUAUAUUGUGGGCCAAGUAAUUUGGCCAGUAAGAAUUUGGGAAGAGUUUCUCCUGGAUCUAGACGACGUCGGUGCAGCACUAAAGACAAAGAAAAAAAACGAGAACGCUGGCUAUUGACUCGAAAGACAUGGCGAUAUAUGACUGAUUCUGGACGCAAGCUUAUUCCGGAUGGAGCACAGAGUGGAUCAGAUAAUAUUUCUUUAAUUGAGGCACAAUUUCAACGAGUGUGCGCCUCCGAGCCCCGCUUCAUUUUAUGGCGUCGAAAGACCUCAUAUCCAGGGGCAAUCAACAAUUCUAAGAGGCGGUUCAAACUAAUUUCUCGUCAUGCAAGUAGUAGUCGCUGUGGAGCGGAGCUAACAGAUCAGCAUAUUAAUGCCGAUCAGACUAUUGAACUAUUGCAGUCAUAUCUGAAAAUACGGGAUGCGUACAAAACAACAACCUUGCUGGGAACCAAAACGGUUAGACCCGAUCAAACUUCAUCACCAAGUUCCCAGCGGCCUAUUGGUAAUACGUGUACAAAUUCAAAUGAAAAUAUUUUAAAGACCAAUUUUUGUGAAAAGUCAAUUCAAACGGAGCUCUUGUCUCGUUUAAAAUUAUUAUCCGAAACCCACCUGGCUGAGCUAGGAGGAGUACAAUUAAAAUUAGAUAAUAUACGACAAGAUAUUCUUGAAGAUAAAGUACUUUUGAGAAAAAUAUACAACUCACUAAAAAAACAGCAACUUCAUCGAAUGCUACAUUCCACAGAACCACCAAAACAUAAUAUUGGUCGUGCUUCUUCACUUUCAAGUUUAUUAAAAUUGAAUAGCUACCAAAACAGCUCGGACAAAAGCUUUUCCAGUGGAGUGAAUAAUAUAAAUGACUAUCAUAGGAUCGAUAAGAUGAUAUACCAGAACUCGACAAGCCUAGAAAAUUGUGAAUUCAGAAAAAUUCUGCGUGUGGCCCCAGAAGAACUUAGCUUGGAUGCCCGCAUCGCUCCGGAAGCAACUGAUCUUUGGUCGCUAAAAAGCAAAACUAAAUGUGAGAGGAUUGAAAGAAGCUUCAAUACAUGCGGAACACAAACAAGUUUUAUACAGCUUAGCGAACUAAAACGCCUGGCAGAAGAAUUUGAGCAAACUUUGCAGCAGGGCAAAGAUAGUUCUGCACCAUAUUCCCUGGAUGAAGACUUAGAAAAACCUGUUACGCAUUCAGAGCGGAGAAAAAGCUCUAUUGACAACGAAGAUGUUUCACAAUCUGUAAGUAACACAAUCAAGCGGUACUUAAGGAUGGCAAGAAAAAAAACCGUAAACGGUGCAGACGCAAGUCGAUUUAAGUCAAUUAACUACGAUAGAAAUUUAAGAAACAUUAAAGCAAAGGGUGAAAUAAAUCCUCCUGGAAUGGAUGAAGGUUUAAAUAAAGCUAUUCAAACAUUAGACGCUUGGCCUCUUAUUGCGUUAGAGUAUGUUCGUGGAAACGAGUGUUUCAGAACCUUGCAAAACGCCCACAUGGAAUGGAAGGAGGCGCAGGAUGAACGGGUUAGAAAAAAACUAGAGUGGGACAAAACUCAGAAACAAAAUAUAGAAGAAAAUUUCCAGACUGCUAGCAACCCAAUUAAGGCACGCACAACAUAUUCGACAUGCAACAUGAAUAGUCAUUCAAGACUGGAAAGAACUAUUAAAACUUCUACCGGCUUGCUGACUUCAAGCUCUCAAUUUCUCUCGAAUAUUUGGCACGGACACAGCAAUCCCGGUAGCACCACAAAUUUAAUCACCCUAAACGACAAACAUGGAAAUUUGAAUCAUACAAAUCUAAAUCUAAGAAAUGCAACAAGCAAUAUGCAAAAGUCCAAGUCGUUGUCUAAUGUUGGGCAAUUUGUAACUAAAAAAAUUCUGAGAAGUCGUUCCAAAAGCCAAAAUAGACCUCAUUUACAUCAAGACCUAUCCACAGCUUAUCAAAAAUGGUUUCCAUCGGAGAGUUGUUUAUGGAUCUCAGAAAACAAUGAAAAGUUUCAUAUUGUGGAAACUGUACUUAUGAAUUUAUCGAAAACGGAAUCAGACUUUCUACAGCAUUUGGCUUUGGAAAAAAUAAAGGAACUGAAUAUUGGAAAUAAUCUAGAUUUAGAUUUGGAAAGAAAAUCACACAAGCGACGAAUUAUACCGAAGAAGAAGUCACUAACAACAAGUUUUUUUGAUAUUGGAAGAAAAUAUGAACACAACGGCCAGGAAAUAUUAUUUGGGACCUCUUUAGAAUGCUGCAUUUCAAGGGACACUAAACGGAGCGAUGUCGUUGGGGCGCGAACUCGAUCGAAGCAGUCAUUGAUGUCUGUGUUUCAAGCAAGUGGUAAUAGCACUGGAAGUAUUAUCAAGCUGAAUGAAAGUGUUCGGUCAUGUGAAAGUUUGCCGACUAAGUCUAUGGAGUGUGGAUAUAUCGAGACGUCAGAACGCUUUCGUGAUUCUUUGACUAAUUUAACUAAACCAUCAACCUUAUCUCAUUACGAUAUAGAACAUAAUGAAUUCGAUUUCGUUAAAACUUUACACACUCCACGGCAUUUAAACGUACCGACAUUUAUCAUAAAUUGCAUGGACUAUUUGGAAGAUAAUGGGUUAAAUAAAAUUGGAAUUUUUCGUGUCAGUACUUCUCGGAAACGUGUUAACCAAUUGCGAGAGGAAUUUAACAAAAAAUCUCAUAUGAGAAUUCCACAUGAUACAUGUCCGCAUGAUGUUGCUACCUUGCUCAAAGAAUUCCUUCGCGAUCUUCCAGAACCUCUGCUGUGCAGUAGACUCUACACAACAUUUUUAGAAACCCAAAGGAUUCGAAAUCGCCGCUUGCAACUGGAGGGCAUUUCACAUUUAAUAAAACUGCUCCCUAUUCCACAUAGAGAUACGCUGUAUGUCUUACUGCGGUUUUUGGCAAAAGUAGCGGCACAUAGUGAUGAUAUAUGCGACAGCGAUGGAAAUAUUGAGAUAAAUGGCAACAAAAUGGAUAGCAGUAAUCUCUCUACAGUUUUUGCUCCAAAUAUUUUACGUGGUUCUGAUCAAGCAUCGGCAAGGGAUAGGGAGCAGGAUCAUAUGAACGACGCAAUAAAUGUAGUCAGAACUAUGAUUGACCAUUAUGAAGAAAUAUUUAAAAUAUCAGCAGACUUCCUUGACGUUAUCUAUUCACAUAUGUUAGAUGCAUGUCCAGACAGACUGUACGAGUUAAUUUCAACCAAAAUAAAUGGGUCACAAUGGCAUCUGAAUCAUUCAGAUGAGUCGUCAGUAGUUCAAAACAGCGACGCAACAAGUUCUGCAGAUGAGGUUUUCGAGUAUCCGAGACAAACGAAAGGGUAUGGCUCUGUUAGUCAUUGUGAUAACGAAUCUGAAAAACGAAAAUUGGAAAUUCCUGUUAAUGAAGAAGAGAUGCGAAAUGAUCACAAUCUUUCUUAUAACGACGCUCAAAAGAGCGAAUCUUUAAAAGUAUUUUCCGCAAGUCUUCAAAUAUCGUCACCAGAGCAGUCAUUGUUACAAUGCAAAAAGUCCAUUAGAGAUAAAGAACUAGCUGGAAACAGGGCAUCAGAGCCCAGAUUGCCAGCAAGCAUAUCGAAUAUUGGUUGCGCAAUAUUGAGUGCAAAGGCUGCAGAAUUCGAAAAAAAUGUCACAUGUAACAAUCUUCCAUCCAAUGGCCUCCAAGAUAUAGAAUUAAAAAAAAAGAAACCUCUAUACAAACGGCAGCAGUUGAUAUCCAGCUUUAGAAAAAAAAGCUAAACUUAAUGCUCAGAUAUAUGAAUAUUAUCAAAAAAAAAUAAAAAAAUUUGAUAUAAACCCUAAUCGGGGUAAUCUGGACUAUGAACGCAGAACAAAUUACUCCAGCAAAUAAUAGCCUAUAACUUUAUCCGUUAUAUAUUGUAAUAAUCCUAAAUAUAAGAAUGUUGUUUAUUUUAACAAAAUAUACUCUUAACUCUUAGCAAAAGUCUCUUUUGCGUACAGUCUAUUUGAAUUAAACAUGUGUAUAUACAUGUAUAUAUAUUAUAAUAAUAUCGAAUACGUGGUAAUAAUUAGCACUUGCUUCUUAUCCUAAAUUACAAACAGCUUUAGCAUAAGAUAGUAUUCACAGCCAAUUAUUAAACGUACUAUAAAUAUUGUUUCGUUUUUUUCACAUGCCCUUUGCCGUCAACUUACAACUAUUAUUGUACUAAAGUUUUAAAAUGUAAUCCAUUAGUUUGUAUACGUCUUUCCAGUUUCAUAUUUUCUUAGUAUUUUAGAUACAUGUGUAUGUAUGUAAGCAUAUGAAUAAAUAAUAAAAUAAUAUUAAUAUUACUUUUUUAAAAGAGGUAAUACAAUGUACACAAUAACAAGGCAUAUAAAAAAUGUUAUCCGUUAUUCUUUGCUACGCCUCGCCUAUCUCCGAUUUAUACGUAACAUAUGCAGCUAUGUACAUAUAUCUGUGUAAAAAUCCUUCAUUACGCCAUUUUUCGCUAUUACAUUAAUAAUAUAUUGUCUACUUUCUAGGACUGACUAUUGUAAAUGUACAUACAUAUGUAUGUAUGAAUAUAUGUAUGUAUGUACACAUGUUUUCGUGAAUUCACAUAAACACAUGCACGCUUUUCUGUUUGGUAAGCCACGAGACGUUAUUAUUUAAUACUAAGUAGGCUCUGUUUUGUCAAUCGACUUUCACCCAAAUAGACCAUUUUGAGUGAAAAUAUAUUGAAUAUUACAUGCAUACAUAUUGUACAUACAUUUA